AAACCUCCGUAACCAGUCAUUAUGUCACAAGCCAAACUUUUUUUACCACUUCAAUAGGUCUGUGAUAAGGUUUGUAGUGCUGUAGAAAUUACACGAUGUUCAAACAUCUAGAUCAAGAAAUGACACCUUUUAUCCAGUGGUUUCCCGGUGUGAAAUGGUCUUUAAGAGGUGGUCUAACAUGGAGCAAGCCCAUGCCUGUCAAUGGACAAGGAGUUUUCACUUUCAACAUAACAAGGAACAACGCAUUCCGGGUCGUCGUGACUACAUCGUCAGCUAAAGAUGCAGUCGUGCUUGUCAUCGGAGAACAGUCUGCAGAAUUUUUAAGGCAACAAAACAAUCAGUAUCGCAGUCUUAAAAGAGUUGAGCAUCCUCAAUGCGGGUACGAAGAAGGAAAGAAGAUUUCCUAUUGGUUUAGUUACAACAGAGAUAGCCUCGUUCUGAAAUACGGCAAAGGCUACACAAUGGAGGAAACAACAUUGCUUGAGUACAAUUUUCUUGCAGGAGCAACGCCAGCCGAAGAGGCGGUACUUAGAAACCGAUAUCAUUGUCUUUUUAACGCGGAGUUCCAAGGUCAAGUGCAGCUAUAUGAUAGUACUCAUUUGGUGCAUUCUACAGUUUCUGCAAGGUUGAUAGACAUCGAAAAGAAAGUUGCUUUUUAUAAGAACCCUUUCGUUUGCAACAUGUCUCCAAUCGUCCUUGACAGCUCCAAAGUCACCCUGUUUACACUUGACAAUAGCAAGUACAUGUUGACAGGAAGCCUCCCGCCUGCCUGUAAGGAGCUAUACGAGAACAUCCGUAACUGUGAGUUGAACUGGCCACCGGAAGUUGAUGAUGUUCUCCUCUCUGGUGCCAUACGGUUCAGUAUCGAGACAGAGGGAUGUCUCCUUUAUGAAAAGCUGAAGUCGAAAGCUGGAGAAUUCGGUAAAGGAAGUGGAAAAGAGGAGACAUACCUACGCGUAACGCUAGGACAUAGUCUCGGAAAUUCGCCGGGAAUUCCGUAUGUCCUCGAGAUUUGGCCGUCAGGACACUACAGUCCAAUACAUAACCAUGGAAACGCCAACGCUGUCAUCAAAAUCCUGUUUGGCGAAAUCAACAUUUCAAUCUACAACAAGCAGACGACAGAGCCAGAUGCAGUUCCUAUGAAAACCUUUAAUGCGUACCCAGGUGAUGUUACAUGGAUCAACAGGAACUGGUUCCAAACGCACAAGCUAUGGAAUAAUACAACCGAUUUCUGCGCCCCCAUUCAGUGUUACAACUACGACGCAGGGGACACAACCCACUGGCCGUACUUCGACUACGUCAGCGAGAACAGCACCAUUGAAGAGUUCCUGCCCAACUCUGACUUCACAUUCAAAGACAUGCGGCAAAAAGUGUUGGUGGAAUACGGUCAGAAAUGUUCCCCGGUAAAUUCACCGAAUAAGAAAUAGUCGGAAUACUUUGCUGAGAGAUGACCUAGGCAACCUUGUAUUAGAUGAGGGGAGUUUACAAAAACAUCACUUGCUAAACGGACUAUAUUCAUCUUGUAUUUAUGAUACUUAAUCAAUGAUAUCUAACGUUCAAUCAAGCGCUUUCACGAAAAUAUUUUUAACUAUAUUAUCGCUAGUUUCUUAAUUUAGUCAUUUAUUAUUUUCUAUUUAUUCAUGUUAGUUCAGGGUUCCUUUCACAUUUUCAGGUCGGAUAUUUGUAAUUUUAAGUCAAGUAACAUUUACAACUGAUCUCUAUGAAGUAUAACAAUGCAUUAGUAAGAAGGUGGUUACAUCGAAUAUCAUAUAUAUGAAAUAAUAACAAACACAACAAAAUUAUACUUAGCUUAAAGUACAAUAAGUAAACGUAUUAUGAUUUCUGUCACAGUUAUCCCUGUUUAUCAAUACUGAUGUCAUCUAUUAAUCGAAAGAUGUAACGUUUAAUUAAGCACUUUCAUGAACAUAUCUAGUAUAAAAUGUUUGUAAGCUUCUUGAUGUGCUUUGGUUAUUACUAUGUAUACAUGAUAUUUAAAGUACUUGUUUUGUACAAAUAGACAAAGGUUACAGAAUGUGUGAGUGUUGUUCAAUAUGGAUAUCAAAUUAAAAAUAUAUGUAGCAUUAUGAUAAAACAAAUGUUGCACAUUUGAACUAUACGUUACCUUUAUGUUCAGUCGUGUAGUAGUAUUAUAUUUCCACUAAAAUGUACAAUUAUAUUUAUAUAUACAUAUAUAUAUAUAGUGUCGUCUUAACAUGUGUUUCGGGUCUAGGUAGUUGAUAAGAAUUUCGGGUCUAGGUAGUUGAUAAGAAUUUCGGGUCUAGGUAGUUGAUAAGAAUUUCGGGUCUAGGUAUAGUUGAUAAGAUUUUCAGGUCUAGGUAGAUAAGAAUUUCGGAUCAAGGUAGUUGAUAAGAAUAUCGGGUUUAGGUAGUUGAUAAGAAUUUCGGGUCUAGGUAGUUGAUACGAAUUUCGGGUUUUAGGUAGCUGAUAACAAUUUGAUUUUCUUGUAGUUAUGAGUUUAAAUAAAGAUUAAAUGUCUGUUAUCAUGAUCUGCAAAUUUCCGGAACCUGUAAACACUUUUUUAAUGUUUUAACUUCAAAUAAAUUUUCUUCUCUAAAAGUAACGACCUUCACAAAUUGUGGUUUCUGAUGCAGCGUUGUACUGUGGACUUUUAUUCCCGAUUCGUGACGAAUGAAAAUGAAAGUAACCGUUUUAGUUCUCACAAGAUUUUGAAUGAAGUGCAAAAUGUAAGCCUAUUAUAAUUUCAACGAAUGUAUUGCUGCAAUAAAAUAUAAACAAUUGAUAUCA